GGAGACAGAAAAGGAGAGAGAGAAGGAGACAGAGGAGGAGACAGAGGAGGAGACAGAGAAGGAGACAGAAAAGGAGAGAGAGGAGGAGACAGAGGAGGAGACAGAGAAGGAGACAGAGAAGGAGACAGAGAAAGAGACAAAGAAAGAGACAGAGGAGGAGACAGAGGAGGAGACAGAAAAGGAGACAGAGGAGGAGACAGAGGAGGAGACAGAGGAGGAGACAGAGAAGGGGACAGAAAAGGAGAGAGAGAAGGAGACAGAGGAGGAGACAGAGGAGGAGACAGGAGGAGCUAUAGAGGCUCACCUUUGUUGUGUACAGGCGCCGUAA